ACCAUCUUACAAUGCUGUGAUUGCAGCCAUUCUCCAACUCUCUGUGAAUUCUUGAAUGUGUUGUCUGUCACUUCUUUUCACCCACUUGUCCACAUCAUCUGUGUGGGUGUGGCAUAUCAGUGGCCCUGGUACUGACCUCCCAGUCCAUUGUUCAUCAGUGGUGCUAGUUUCAGUCAAUAACCAAAUGUACUGUUGUGUAAACCUGCAGUCAGCUGAGAGUCACCUGGAUGAGUCAUGAAAACUCUUCAUCCAGAUGAACAGCUGCAGUCUCUCACCCUCAUUUUUCAAAUACAUUUAAUAGCAAACACUCAUAAAGCAGUUUCCAUCUGAAGAGGACAUACCAUGUUCAGACAUCAGAGACUAAAACAGCUCUGCUAUCACUUCAGACAUAAAUAAAGACAGAGUGUUUGAAGGGUUAGUGAAGUCUGGCUAGCUGAAACAUAGUGUGCUACCUGGUGGUGCUAACAUAGUGUAAUGAAGACCGAGGAAUAGUGGUAACUAAUAAUAAUGAAAGUAAAUGUGAUUGGAUGAAUGCAGUCCGACAGUGACCAGUGAUUAUUUUCAGGGGCUUGUUUGUGCCAAAAAAAAGGAAAAUGCAAAGCACUGCAACAUGUUAAAAAGAUGGCCGCCUUAAUAAACUCAGUAGGAGCUUGGAACCAGAGGCAGGGUUGAUACGUCACCAUAUAUGACCUAUUGUUCUACAUGUUGGAACAGCAGGUCCUACUAAAUAAUGAUGACGUGCACCAGACGCGUCUUAGUAUCAAUAAGCAUAAAAGAAGAAAGGCACUGCCAAGUGAAAUGAAAGGGCACAACUGGUAGAACUCGCAGUACACAUGGGGCUCAAUCUAGGCUGACUGCUGGAGAGCCAUGUGUUUACCUGAGGACACCAAUCACCCACCUUGAUGGCCCGGUGGAAGCACCUUCAGUUGAACUAAUCAUUUACUGUAUGACUUUAUCAGUCCCCAACAUUUUGGCUUUCUUUAUAACAUUGCCUCAGUUCAGUGCUCUGUGUGGGUAUUCAGUUAUGUGCUCUCUCUGAAGGUCCCACCAAAGCAUUUCAGUGGGGCUGAGGUCUGGAAUGGGCCUUUGCAGCAACUUGACUCUUUUCUUUUUCAGCUGUGCUUGGGAUCAUCGUCCUGUUGCAUGACCCAAUUAGAGCCAAGCUUUAACUGUCAGACAGAUGGACGCACAUUUGACAGAUGGUCCACACUUCAUGCUCCACUCAGUGAUUGAAAGGUGCCCAGAUCACCACGCCUCCACCACUGUGCUUCACAGUUUGUGCUGAUAUUUAAAAGUGGUCCUCUGCACGCCGCCAGACGUCUUCACUUUGGUAUCGUCUGUCUGAAGGAUAUUGUUCUAAGUGUUUUGUUGUUCAUUUUGCAGCUUUGCAAACCUAAGCUGUGCUACCACACUGACUUUAGACAGAAGAGGCUUCGACUGGCAGCCCUUCCAACAACUUGUAUGUUUUCAAGUCUUUUUUCUAAUUGUACUGACAUGAAAUGCAUCAUUUGAGAUGCAACACAGGCCACCUAUAUCGCCUUAUCCCAAGGAUGCAUUAAGGUGUUUUUUGUACUUUUCUGUACUCUGUAGGGUCCUGUAAAUGAUUUUAACAUGGUUGUAUGUUGAAUAUAUAUGUGAGAGUGUGCUGUUUGAGAAGAAGAAAGCCCGGGUCUACCAGUGCACUAAAGGAGGUGAAGAACAAAGGUUACAAUGUUAGAGAGAUGUCCAUGUGUGUGGCAUCAUAGUAACCAGGAUGAAUAAGCACAGUCACGUAUACAGUACGGCUGGUUUCAUUUGAACUUGGAGACAGUCAGAGUGGAAACACUGAGCAGCAUGCUAACAUCUGCUAAUUCCUGCUUCAUGUUGUAACAAGUUCAAGUUGGGAGAGCGCAGUUUGACAGACCAUAGUAUUAUUAUUACUACUGUAGAGUUAUCACACGAUGUGAUGGACAGCACAUCACAACACGUAGUGUUGAGUGGGGAGCCCGCGGGGGGAGGAGCUGGGCGCAAAAGAACCACCUCAACAAAUCUGGACGUGACUCCACCCUCCGUGUGCAGUGGGGAGUGGGGCAGCCGAGUGACAGUUCAACCCGAACCCAAACCACCCGUGACUGUGGCUCAGCAGGCUGAAGUUUGACUUUGUCUCUGUGUUUUUUGCCUCGGUGUUCCCGGAGAGGAUAUCGGGACUUCUGAAGUUUGGAGCCGCUUUUCUUCAGAAGCUUUGCGCCACUUUAUUCCUGCACACAGGCGCUCUGUGAAGCGCGCCUUUCAUCUCUCUUUAAAAAGGAAAAAACCCGCUGAAAACACGGAGGAUUGUUCGAGCUGGAAGUGGAAGCCCUAGAGGAACACGGUGUAGCCCGCAGGCUUCCUGUGCUCACGUACGCUGGAUGCACUGAAGGAUCCUGUGAAUGCCCAGGAGCUGCUACGUUUCUGCACUUGCUGGAAGCAGAGCUGACCCACACCAGACGUGUCCUGUCAGUGAUGACAUCCACCCUGGUUCACAUCUCCGCCACACUGUCUCUGCACUGCUCUCUCUGAGUGAUGGGUUUGGGGCAGCCGUCCCAGACUGGUUCCUGCUCCUACACUGAUCAUUGGAAGCAUCAGAGUGGCGCCUGGUGAAGGACAAGGGGAGAUGCCAGGAUGCCUAUCACUCAGGACAACGCCAUAAGCAUUCUCUCACUGCUGGAGGAUUGGCGUGGGGCUCACAGCACGAGGUCACAGCAGGAUGAUGAUCUAAGUCAGGACAGCUCCUCUGGCUACACGCGGCUGGAUCCUGACUCCUACCAGAAUGGGGAUGGGGAGAGUGUGUGCAGCACUGUUAGUGGCGGAGGAUGUGUGGAGGACACGUCCCUCUGUCUGGCUGCUAUUCAGAAGUUGGUGGAGUACAUUCAUUUCAACUUCAUGGAGGGGGACACAGCUCCAUCAGCCAGCCGGGCCUCAUACAGUGAGGCGUUAGAUGUUGAGCUUCAUACGGUUUCCCUCAGUAAGGAUGAGGGGGAUGCUGCGGACUUCGGCCUUAGCUUUGGAAACAUCCCUAUUUUUGGAGACCCAAAGGGAAGAAAGAAGGGAGGCCCGAGGAGCAGGAGGGAUCAGAGCCCCAUCAUGGAUGUGGGCUGCAUCUGGGUGACGGAGGUGAGGAAGAGGAGCCCAGCAGCUCGUUGUGGUGGGAUCAAACUGAGAGAUGAACUGCUGUCACUGAAUGGGCAGCUAAUGGUGGGAGUAGAUGUCAGUGGAGCCAGUUACCUGACUGACCAGUGCUGGAAUGGAGGCUGUAUUUACCUGAUACUGCUGCGGCGAGUCAAGCGAAAGGCUCCUCUUCCUCCCUGCGAUGCAGCUGAAAGUGUUUGUAUCCCACUCACCAGUGACAACUGUGAAGACCGGCGUCGCAGCACAUCUGAGUCCUCCGACAGCUCUGCAAAUUACAGACGCACACGUAAAUUUGGAGUGAUAUCACGCUCAUCCUUCAACCAAGAGGACAGGCAGCGUACGAGCUCAGAAGUCCGGAGGUCUUAUCAUGACUACAGUUCUCAUCCUGAGAAUAUAGAAACUAGUCCUCCAGAUAACUCAGCUCACAUCCUCCCCACACCUUCUAAGGAAAGCCCGGACCACUGUUCUCAGGUCAGAGCUGCUCCCCAGCGUCAACACGGUGGCGAGGCUGCCCCCCAGUCGCUAAGGUGUUACAGUCAGCUGCUAGAGUUCAAAAUGGAUUCUCCCUGCAGUGAAUAUUUAUGCCAGCCCAGAGAUACCAACCACAUCUGGAAAAUGCACAUGGUGAAGGGUCAGGAGGGCCUUGGCAUAAAGAUCACAGGGGGGCGUGGCUCCAAGCGUUCCCCUCAUGGCAUCAUCAUUACACAUAUAGAGGAGGGAGGCGCCAUUUACAGGGAUGGGCGUCUUCAUGCUGGUGAUGAGUUACUGAUGAUUAAUAAUCAGUCUUUGGUGGGUCUUACUCAUCAGGAGGCUGUUGCCAUUCUCCGCUCUGCUACAGGUCUGGUCCAGUUGGUGGUUGCCAGUAGGGAGGAUUCAGAUGUAGGCUUUGAUCCUUUUCCAUCCGCCAGUCUGCCAGACCUUGUCAGCACCUGCAGCUCCACUUCAUCCCUGUCCCAGGCUGCUCACACCAAGACUUCCAACAGUAGCACCAGUCUGCACAAGUCCUACAUGGUUGAUAGCCUGGAGAAAUUAGAAGAGCAAAGUCAGGAGGAAACAGCCCAAAGAUCCUGCUGCGGCCCCACAGCCACGAAGCUGUGCAGCCAACCCCAGGGAGGGAGCACUCGCCUGGAAUCAGUGGGUGAGGAUGAUGAGCUGUUUGUGGCUAAUGGGACAAGCUCCUUUGAAAUGAUUGAGAAGCCCGGCCGACGUAAACACUCCCUACCUCAACAGCUGGACCCGUCUGGAGUGAGACAGGAAUAUCAGAUCAUUAAGAAAUCAGCUCGCUCCCUGAGCACUUUUCAAGUGGAAUCUCCAUGGCGACUGGCCCAGCCAUCCAUUAUCUCCAGUAUAGUAUUAAUGAAAGGUCAGGGCAAGCUGUAGAUCGACUGCUCAGCCCGGGAGGGACUGUGUGGUCACAGAGCAGUGAUGGAUCCACAGUGGAUCCAGCCAAAUCUGUUCAGGGGGGGACUGAUCAAGUAAUAAGAACACAUUUAGGAAAAGCCACAAUCCAACCAGACUGUAACUUGCCCAUCGUCAAUGUAGACGACGUGUUAUCAGAUGUGAGCCACGACACCAGUGAGGAAAUAUCAUGUGAUGAGCCUGAAACCUGCUGUCCAGGCCAACAUGGUGCAGCCCUGUGUGAGAAGCCUCCUUUGGAAGCCAGAGAUGAAAAGAGUGCUGCCUUUCUGAUGAAUAAACAUGUGAACCAACAGAAAGAAGGCACCUCUGCAGUUUUCAGCGGAUCAGGUCCAGAAAAAUCAAAUCCUAGUUGUAAACACAUGGAUCCCACUGCAGAUAUCAGUGGUUCAAACAGUGACUGCAGUGCAGUGGUAAAGAACAUGGCAGAUGGUAUUGGUGGUGUCUCUUCUACACGGUCACCAUGCCAGUUUCUUAACAGUACAGCACCUGUUUCUGCUACAGAGACACACUUUGACAGAGUUAAAGCGUGUGCAGCAUCCAGACACACGAGCGUUUACAGAAACCAUGCUCCACCAGCAGCCCACUCCGUCACUGAAAAUCUGCAUGCAGACGUCUCCCAAAGAUCAGAUUUACUGAGGUGUGACGACACACAAACAUAUUCAGUGGAAUCCAACCCCUCAGGCUCCAGGCUAUCCAAAAUGUCAGCGUCAGUGAGCAACAAUCACAAAGUCGUGCAGUGUAAAGAUACGUUAAAGCCUGACGCUCGCUCCUUGCCUAAGACAAGCUCAAAGCUGAAACACCACGGUUACUCAGACAGUCCUGUGUGGAGGAGUAACUUCAGACUUCAGGUUGAAAGUGGUCCUUCCACACUUAAAGGUUUGAGUAUUAAAAAGAAGAACAGCCCAGAGGAGCCUCUUCAAAAACUGUUGGGGAGUCCAGUCCCUGCAGAUACAAAGGCUUCCUUCAGACAGUCAACAAAUCCAGCAGCUGUGGUAACCAUUGGGAUUUUGAAGCCCACUAACCAGCCUGAUGUCAGGAGUGGCCUAGCUGUGGCCGGAGCAGGUGACACAAAGCAAAUAAUGACUGAGCAUGGAAAUUCAGAUGGAGCUUUGCAAACUGUGCAGCUGCCCAAAAAAGAUAUGCACGUAGGUUACGAAGCAAAAGCUGAAUCACAUGGACCUGCCACUCAGAGGACAUUCAUGGAAGUGCGACUGUCUUCCUCAUCAUCAUCAUCAUCAGCAUCAGCAGCAGCAGCAGCAGCAGCUAUGUCACAUAGAGACAAAAAGGUUUCAAAAGAAAAUAAACACAGAAAUGAUACAGAUGCACGAUUAGCAGCAAUGCAUUCAUCCACUGUCACCGCAGAAGAAAGAACAGCUGCCUCGGUCACCAACACAGCAUUUCAUUCACUGUCUUCUACAGCAGCUCAUUCAACAAGUAAAGGUUUCAAACCUGUGACAGUUAUGGAGACAGAAGAGACAGCGAAGUCCAGCACAUCCAGACUGUCCGCACAGACCCUGUCCACACAGACCCUGUCCGCACAGACCCUGUCCGCACACACUGCCUCGUCUGCAGAUUACAGUCCUUUCUCUGUCCGACAUAAAAUCAAAUCCUUUGAGAAUCUGGCUAAUGUUGACAAGCCCCUGGUGAAAAGCAGUGAUCCUCAGCCGUAUGCGCUGGCAUAUAGAGCCCCGCUGAACCAAAGGAUUGCAGGUUAUAUGGAACUGGUUAAUGCUGUUGACUUCCGGACACGGCAAAGGAGUUUUAGCUCUUAUGUGGGAAAUCUGCUUCCAGCCACAUCCUGUUCUCUUCGUCUUCAUAAGUCUUCUGAGAAUGAAGUUCACAAAGCUCCAGAUGGGGCUGCACCACACACUCCUCCAGUGCUGCGCAAGAAACAUGGCAGACUUCUCUACAGUAGGUUACGGCAGCUCAGGGCUCUCAGCAUGCCUGAGCUGGAAAAACUGUGCAAAGAGGACGCUGCAGGAGGGCGCAGCAAUGCAGAUAAAACAGACUCUGACACCCAGUCCACUAUAGCCCCAGUGACUGACAGCUUUCCAACCUGUGCAACUCCAGUGAAAGCAGAUUUGAACAGCGUUAACCACAGUGAGGCUGAAGUCACUGAAAAGACUGCUCAGAGGACCCGAGAGACCCAUGGCCGGCAGCUCGGCUGGUCCAUCAGUUUAGAGGAGCUGUCGGCUUCACCUGUGAGUCAGUGUAAACUGCAAACACUGCUGUCCUCACUAACAGCGAAAGCUUACAUAUCAACCCUGCUUCAGCAAACCAAGACUAACAGAAAUACUCGUCUUGUUGUCCUGAGUAAAGGAGAAGGUUCAGGACUUGGUUUCAGUAUUGCUGGAGGAGUUGACCUCGAGCAAAAGGACAUAACUGUUCAUCGGGUCUUCACGAAAGGUGCAGCUGGUCUUGAAGGUACAAUCCAAAGAGAUGACAGCAUUUUAUCCAUAAAUGGCACCAGUCUGGAGGGUAAAACACACGCAGAGGCUAGAUCCUGUCUUCAUCAAGCCAAGCAGUCCAACCAGGUCUUAGUGGUCAUUCACAGAGACAAAGACAGUGUGCAGUGUAUCUCUGACAGACAAGCCUCGGCUACCCAGAAGUCUUUGGAGCGUAGCGGAGCUGUGGAUGUCAGUCCAGAUGGCGCUGUAACAGUGGAGCUUCAUAAUACUUCUGUUGGACUGGGCUUCAGUCUGGAGGGGGGCAGGUCUUUGAGCCACGGAGACAGGCCUCUCACUGUCAAACGCAUCUUUAAAGGAGGAGCUGCAGAGCUUUCCGGGCUUAUCGAGGUUGGCGAUGAAGUCCUGUCUAUCAAUGGCGGUUCUCUGGAGGGACUCAUGCACCAUGAUGCCUGGAAAAUGAUCAAAGCCACUAAUGAAGGGCCUAACCAGCUCCUCAUACGCAAGCAGAGCAAUGUGAUGGUAAAAAACAAGGAAACGGAGUCCUGACAGGCUCUACUGUUCAAGCGGAUACGUUUAAAAAAAGCAGUUAUACAUUUUGAUGGUUGGACUUUUUGGUUAGCCUUUUUAAAAUAUCUUUGUAUUUAAUAAUUGGCUGGACACUAUUGUGGUGCAUAAUACGUAAUUAUGAUUUUUCGAAUGAAGAGUUCAGUUUAUUUAUAAUAAAUUAACUUUUGAACACUCAGAAAUAAUACAUUUGUAAGGCAUUCCUUUUUUAAAAUAAAGUUGAUAUGUUGACAGAAAAUUUGCAGGUGACUGUGGCUCUAGCAUUCCAGCUUAUACAUCCACACUAUAUGCCUCUGUACCUACUCACCUAUAUGGACAUCAAGACGAGGGAGCUCUUUGCCAUUAAUGGAGGAAUUCAGGUAUCGGGUAUGAAGGUAGCCGAUAUGGACAAUGGCUCCAUCCGGUGCUGCAGCCAUCUUUCCAGUGCUGGACACAGAUAUGUAUAU